GAGGUGAAAUGCGCAUGCGCGGGUGAUAAACUACAAGACAGUGAGGAUGAUGGCGGAUUCGGAAAGUGAGGAUAUAGCUGUGGUGGGAAACAACAUUAAAAACACGAUGGUUGAGAAGGGAGCAAAUCUUUUGAAGAAGAUGGAGAUUAGUGUAACUGAGGCAGAGAAAAGGACCGGAAAGAAUGCAGUCAGCAUGCAGGAAACCUACACUGUAUACCUCAUCGAAACAAGAUGGUUGAGAAGGGAGCAAAUCUUUUGAAGAAGAUGGAGAUUAGUGUAACUGAGGCAGAGAAAAGGACCGGAAAGAAUGCAGUCAGCAUGCAGGAAACCUACACUGUAUACCUCAUCGAAACAAGAUGGUUGAGAAGGGAGCAAAUCUUUUGAAGAAGAUGGAGAUUAGUGUAACUGAGGCAGAGAAAAGGACCGGAAAGAAUGCAGUCAGCAUGCAGGAAACCUACACUGUAUACCUCAUCGAAACAAGAUGGUUGAGAAGGGAGCAAAUCUUUUGAAGAAGAUGGAGAUUAGUGUAACUGAGGCAGAGAAAAGGACCGGAAAGAAUGCAGUCAGCAUGCAGGAAACCUACACUGUAUACCUCAUCGAAACAAGGCCAGUGGAGGCUGCAUCUGAGGGUACAAAUCCUGCCCCUGACUCUCUGUGGAGGCGCUACAGCGAGUUCGAACUUCUCAGAAAUUACUUGUUAGUCACCUAUCCGUUCGUAGUUGUCCCGCCUUUGCCUGAGAAACGGGCUGAAUUUGUGUGGCACAAACUUUCUGCAGACAACAUGGAUCCGGACUUUGUGGAGAGGAGAAGGGUGGGGUUGGAGAACUUCCUGCUCCGGGUUGCUUCCCACCCUGUUCUAUCCAGUGACAAGAUCUUCUACUCCUUCCUCACUGAGGAACAGUGCUGGAAGGAAAUUGUAUUUGAGACUGGAUUUCAGGCAAAGGCAGAUUCGAGGUUGAAGGCUUUAAACGCUACGUUCAGGGUGAAGAAUCCCGACAAGAGGUUUGCAGAUAUGAAGCACUAUGGAGAUGAGCUCCAGUCUGUUAUAUCACAGCUGCUGCGUGUGCGAGCUAGAGUGGCUGACCGUCUUUAUGGUGUCUACAAAGUGCAUGGAAAUUACGGCAGAGUCUUCAGUGAGUGGAGCGCCAUUGAGAAAGAGAUGGGAGAUGGACUGCAGAGUGCUGGACAUCACAUGGAUGCGUAUGCUGCUUCCGUAGAUGACAUACUGGAGGAGGAGGAACACUAUGCUGACCAGCUGAAGGAAUACCUUUUCUACACUGAAGCUUUAAGGGCAGUGUGCAGAAAGCACGAGCUUUGUCAGUUUGAACUGGAGAUGGCUGCCCAGGAUUUAGCCUCCAAGAAGCAACAGCGAGAAGAGCUGGCUACUGGGACAAUACGGACCUUCUCCCUCAAGGGGAUGACCAGUAAGCUGUUUGGCCAGGAGACUCCCGAGCAGAGGGAGGCUAAGCUGAAAAUUCUGGAGACCCAGAUUGAGGAGGGAGAGGAGAUCAUGAAGGAGAGGAACACCGAGUGCGAAGAGUUUCUGAAGAAAGCUUGGGUGGACAUUGAAAGGUUCAAAGAGCAGAAAGACCAUGACCUCAAAGAAGCUCUCAUCAGUUAUGCCAUCAUGCAAAUCAGCAUGUGUAAAAAGGGAAUUCAAGUGUGGAAUAACGCUAAGGAGUGCUUCAGCAAGAUGUGAGUUGUUCCUCAAGCCAAGUUCCAGCACAGAGCCAAGCAGCUGUACAAACUUCUCAGGGUAAGAGUGCUGAUAUCGGAUCAGUUUUUAUCUUUCAUCUUCCAAUGAAUACAAGUGGAUGGACCAAACUGAUCCAAGAUCAGCACUCUUGCAGAGGUGCUCGGUAUGUCGGAGCCCUAAGCACAAUCCUAGGGGUGUUGGAGGCACAGAAACUUUUUUUCAAUUUGUAACUUAAAGGACAUCAUUUACACGACAACAAUUUCAUUAUAUUUUGAAAAUCUUAAAACAUGCACAGCGGGGAGAAAUGAUGAUUCUAUUUAUUUAAAAUAAUGUUUACUGAUCCCAGGUAUACCUUAUUUACAUACUGAGUGUCGACUCAUUAAAUAGCCAAAACAUUUCUGCAAAGAAUAAAAAAAUUGUCAAUAUCAAGAUGUGUAAAUUAUUUCAUGCUCGUCACAGAUAAGGGACUGAUAUAAUUUCAGAAAAAAAAAUUCUAGCAACAUUUUUAAAAAAUUAAUAGCAGUAGAAAGUUUCCUGUAGAAGUCAGUGUUAAAAUCCCUCCCUUUUUGUAUAUUUUUUUUAAAUAUAUAUUUUGAAAACAGCAGUACAGUAGUGUCAAAUAUUUUCUAGGAAAGAGAUCCACUUGUAACAGUGAGUUGGUGCUGGAAAGUAAUUUCUAAACAAAUGUGAAGGAUAAGUGACAAGAUUAAAGAGGCUUAAUACAGGAACAUUCCAUGAUAAUUCCUCUGAGCAUAUGGACCGUGUCCAUUAUAUUGAAACAUGUAUAAACCUAACUUUUAUUACAUGUACUGGGGACAACAAGGGGUCAAAUUCCCCUUUGGAAGUUAAGCAAGCAGGCUUAUUGAUGUUUGUUAUUGCUGUGCUCACAUGGCCUCCAGCUGAAAUCUCGGCCCCGAUGUUUAUCCUAACUUACUGUAUGCUCAUCAUUAGCAGUGUCUGCAAGCUGCACUGUUAAACUGUUUAUAACUGCUCACCCACACCCUUUUUCUGCUUCGAUUUAAUCGGAAAUAUGCAUGCUUGAUGUUUAUGCCUUAUCCAAAACCUUAUUGUUGCAUAUUUUCUUUGUGGCAGCAGCAGCAGCUUCCAUUAUGAAUGCCAGAUUUGUCAUUUCAGAUGAAGUGUGGGCUGGGCAGCGUUUUUGAUAUAAAUAUGGCUGGAGGAACAGGAAGUUCACGCAGGCAAAGGAGGAUAUAAUUAUUUCCUCAUUUAACUGUUGUAUCAGAACCUGGCGAUCUCCAGCGCUUAGGCCCAUUAUAUGGUAGAAUAAUGUUGAGAUGAUAACUUUUUCACUACACACAUGGGAGAUGAUUGUAGUAUAAUUUGCUGUUUAAAAAUUUAUUGUGCAUACACUAAUUAAUAAACUUUGAGUUUUCUAAUA